GGCAUUGCGGCGCAGUUCAACCCGACCGACAGGAGAUUCGCGCCCUGUUAUUGGCACAGACCCGUGUGACAAGGGAGACUCCGGUGAUGUGAUGAGAACCUGCAGAUGGGUCGGCCCCAACGGGAUCUUCCGAGCCUGGCUGCCAUCUUUCGUCCCUGACUGGUCUCUACCGUGCACUAAGUGGUUUAGCUCUUUCUGCCUCUCUGUGGGUGUCUCUCUCCUCCCCCGCAGGAGCACUGCUGAGUGAGAUUCUCUCGCGAUGGACCCCUUGGAUUGGUUAGGUCGCUUGGCUGGUUGAGUGCCUGGUAUCUGGUUGAAGUAGUCGGGUCGUUUCUCUCCCCGGUUACAACUUAACUUACGCAUUCUGCGGACUAUUCCAUCCAUCAUCCCCUUUUGCCUUCCCCAUUUUACUUGUUGCCUGACGAGAGUGACUUCUCCACAUCGAUGCUCUCCCCCGGUGACUGUCUGAUUCGGUGGAGGGCUGGUUAGUGCGUCAUCGGUUAUCGCUCCGGAGAGACUGCGUGAGCGCUUGGGAUAAUUCUAUCCACCAUCGCGACCGGGUUCUGUCACUGUUUUCAAGUCGAACAUUCUUUUCUUUUCUUUUCUUGUUUCCCUUUUCCUUUUAUCGUUUGCUAUUUCAGUCCCUUUUUGUGUCGACUUAAUUCGUACCUGGUGUUAUAUCUAUCCGCUGGGGAACAUCACUGUCCACCAAUCGAGCCAUCAUGAGUAGGGGCCUGCAUUUGGAUACCAAUUUCGGGGCCAACCCGAGCAACCCGAGGUAUUCCUUUCUGGAGACCCCGCUGGAAAUGCAUGCGCCCGGCCAGCAGAGCUUCCGCACAGAAGAACGGCCGCCCCAGUCUCUGCCACCGCAGCAGACAGAGCGUCCGACCGUGAUCGAAGAGACUCCGCAACCAGUAGUGGACGAAAAAGCGCACUCACACCAUGGCCCCGAGCCCAGGAGUCCCGAUAUCCAACAGCACCCGGCGAACUACGCCCCCUUCGCCGACGAGGUGCCACUGUCGCGACAGCCCCAACAGGCGGCUCCCGACUACCCGUAUGGGAGUCCCCCGUCGUCUCCCGGUCCGCUGCCGAUCAAGACGGGACACGAGAUCCCUGACCAUGCAUCGAGACUCCAGAUCGCACCCGUCGUGCCGGAUGCGAAUCCCCUGCAGUCACCCCAGCUGGCGUAUUUCCCUCCCCCGACCGCCACUGAGGUCCCACGCACUCCUGCGCCGGGCAACAUGUUGGCAUACCACCAACCCGGGCAAGCCACCCACCCGAACCAGGAGAUCCAAGGCGGUACUUGGAGCCACAGCCUGUGUGACUGUUCCAAUAUCUGGACGUGUUGCAUCGGACUGUUCUGCCCCUGUAUCCUAUACGGAAGAACGCAGUACCGCCUGUCGAGGAAAUCCCGCAAGGAGGACCCGACGAACAUGCUGGGUUACGAGACCUGCAAUGGAUCCUGCACGGGCAUGGCCUUGCUGUGUGGCUGUCAAUGGCUCAUGGCGACCAUCCAGCACUCGCGGACGCGCAAAGCAUAUGGGAUCCAGGGCGAUAUCAUGUCGGACUGUGUGCGAGCCACCUGCUGCACCUGCUGCACUCUCAUUCAAGACGAGUCCGAGAUCCGGAAACGAGAAGAAGACCGUGCCAAGGCAGCGCAGGCCACGGGAGCCGCGCUGGUAUCCCCAUACUCUGCUCCUCUUCCGAUGACGUACGGGCCCGCCCCGUGAGGGGAGCUAUUGGUCUAGAGACGACUGGUUUCCGUGAUGUGAUGGAUGUCGCAUGGUUGUUCCUUUCUUUUGAUUUCUUCGUCGUCUCCCUUUUAUAUACCCCUUUUGAUGGCAUUUUCUCUUCAAUACUUGAAUAUAGUCUCCUGUUUGCUUUGUGCAAUCUUGUCCGGGCGUAUCCACCUGCCCUAUUUUGGUUACCGUGGAGCUGUUGGUGACUCCAUUGCAAUGUCUGUCAUUCACUGGCGUUGACUCUGUCCACGAAAAAAACACGUUGUUAAUGUUCUGUACCUAAUCACCCAAGUGUGUGUAUAAAA